CCAAUCAAAGGAAAAGCAAUGACCACCUCCAAGGUACAGAUCAAGAGAGGAGGAGAAUACAAUGGACCCAUUCUUAUCAAGAAAGUUAGAGUAAAUGAAAUACCACUAAGUUCUCGUGGAGAUAGAGAUGAGAUCGGGCAUGAAAGGAAGCAAGUUGGGGGAGAAAAGCAUUACAGAGGUGUGAGAAAAAGGCCAUGGGGGAAAUAUGCUGCUGAGAUUAGAGACUCAAACAGAAAAGGGAUUAGAAUAUGGCUUGGGACAUUCAAUAAUGCAGAGGAAGCAGCCAUGGCUUAUGACAGAGCUGCCAUCAGCAUUAGAGGCCCAAGAGCUAUCAUCAACUUUCCUAUAAUAAACUCUCAUUUGAUGAGUCCACAAGCAUUCAAGGAGGAGAAAGAGAGUCUUCACAGUGGAGAUCAUAUUAUAAAAGAAGAAAAAGAAGAAGAAACAACAGGUGAGGGCAGUCAAAGAUCUGUGAUAGAGUUGGAAGAUAUGGGUGUGGACUAUUUGGAAGACCUUCUUCUCACUAGUGAAAUAAUAACUGCUUCGUGGUGCUCUGCUUCAUUACAGGACAGGCAAAUUUCUUAGUCCCACGGUGUGUUUUAUAAUCACUGUUGAUUCUGAACCAAACUUGCUAAUUUUAUAUAAAACUUCAAAACUAUAUUAUACCCAAUAUUUUCCUAAUCA